GUUAUUGUUGAAGGUGGCAAGCUUAGUGGAGUAGCUGACACAUUGAGGGCAAGUUGACAGCCGAACUCUUUGUUUCCCUUUAGUUAACAGCAACAUUAUUAUUAUUGUAAAAAUCCACUAUUCCGUAUUUUCUAGUUAUUUUCAUUCACUUGGAAAUCCGGAUAGUAGGUGGUUUUGUUGUCAUGGAGAAGUUGUGGAAGGUAAAGUUCCGGAAUGUGGGGCGGGGCUACUUCCCUCAGAGCCGGGUGGAGUGCCACUACAGCCUCAGUGCACAGCACGCCUGGGCCAACUGCGACUGGAUCGGACUCUUCAAGGUCGGUUGGUCUUCCCUGAGGGACUACCACACCUUUGUUUGGGCUCUUGCCCCAGCAAACUACACAGAGGGAACCAAUGUCAACUGCUGUGUGCAUUUCCAAGCCUCGUACCUGCCCCGGCCUGGCCAGGACGAGUACCAGUUCGUGUACGUGGACGGGACGGGUGAGGUGUGUGCUCGCAGCGCCCAGUUCUCUUUCUGCGCCCCCAAGCCUCUGGACGAGCUGGUCACUCUGGAGCAGGAGAGGGACGGAGACGAGGAGGGAGGGGACAUCCUGCUGGUGGUGCCCAGGGCUGAGCUGCUGCAGAGCCGUUUGGAGGAGUGUCUGCGGGAGAGGGCUGAGUUCCUCCAGGCCCGGGAGGAGGAGGAGAGGAGGCUGAAGAGCGAGCAGGAGGUGAGAGAGGGGGCGGAGCAGACGUGGGAGAAGGCGCGGGACGGGCUGGAGUGCCAGGUCACGGAUCUGAAGGAGAAACUCCGACAGAACACAGAAGAGUUGCAGAGCUUGGAGGACAAACUGCAGAAGGGCCAGUCUUCUCUGGAGGCCGUGACCACGGAGAGGGACAGCCUAUUGGCUGAGAGAGCCCAAAGCCAGCAGCGAAUCAGAGAGCUGGAGGAUGACAUCAAAGCCCUUAGGCAAAGAGGGCUGGAGACAGAGAGUGAGGUGGAGAAGAUGAAAGAGAGAGUGAAAAAGAUGUCAAUGCAAAGGAGGGAUGAAGAGGAGGAGAAAAAGAGCCUGCAGACGGAGACGGAGGCGGCCCUGGGGGAGCAGCGGUGCCUGCGGGGACGCCUGGACUCCAGCACGCGCUCGGUGGAGGCUCUGCGGGCGGAGCUCAGCGACAUGGCGGCGCAGCGGGACCACGCACAGGCCGAGCUCCACCAGGCCCGCCUCCAGGCCGCCCAGCUCACGUUGCAGUUGGCUGACGCCGGCCUCGCCCUGAGGGAGGGGCGGGCCAGCUGGGCUCAGGACAGGGAGGCACUGCGCAACGGCGCUGAGAUGGACAGAGAGAGGGUGCAGAAGCUGAGCCGGGAGGUGCAGAGGAAGGAGGAGUGGCUGCAGGAGGAGAGGACGGAGAGAGAGAAGGUGGAGGCAGAACUGGGAAAAGAGAGGGACAGGAACCGGGUUCAGCUGGGCGAGGUGAGGAGGGAGCUGCAGGACCUGAGAGCCAGCUUGCGUGAGGUCCAUAAAGAGAAGGAACGGAACCUUCUGGAAAAACAGCACCUGAUGGAGUACAUCCGUCAGCUGGAGCAGAGGCUGGAGACAGUAGCCGAUGCCAAGUGGAGCGAGGCGGCCCUGAACGCCAGCUCUCGCCCCAGUAGCCCCUUCGUCAGCUCUGAGGAUGAGAACCCUGAAGCCCUGCAAACGUCCCACCCUUCCGGGAAACUGGUCACCUACACUCUGUGCAGCCCCCCUGAACCAGAGAUGCUGCUGUUUCCCGGUGACGUUCAGUCACAAAGACAGGUCGUCAUCAGCCAACCGGGCCCCGUCUCCUCGCCACGGCAACCAGAGGACGACACCCUCCCGCAUAGCUCAGAGUCGGAGGGGGAGGAGCAGGAGGUGGGGCACUCCGGAAGCCAGAGCUGUGAGGAGGAAACGGCCCUGCUGCUGCCGGAUCACAGGAGCACCAUCUUCAGUGAGCUUGCAGACUCCCCCCUGUGGUGAGACGUAGUGGCGCAAGAGGAAUGCUCUGCCUGUUGCAUACAAAAACGACCUAUGCAAUAUUGGUAUACAAUGUUUUACACAUAAGAACUUGAAUAGAACCUAUACAGUUUGUUUGUACAUGACGCUAUAUCCCACUGCCUCAUGCUAAAUCUGUGACAUGAUCAGAAAAGUUACAGACAGGUAUGCUGUGCAUGUAUUUUACUAAGGGGCAGACAAAGUAGAAGUGAUGAUUUUGUUGAUUUAAUUUUAGUUUUGUUAACAGCGAGUGUGAAAAGCGAGUGGGAAAAGUUGUGGAUGUGUGUCUGUAUUUCCUUUUUUUUGUUUUCAAAGGGGUUUCUAUCUUGAUUCAGACUCUACUACACAUGGAUAAGCUAAUGUUUACAAGAGCUAAACUAAGCAGCACUGAGCGUCCCCCAUUCUGCAUUGAUUUGUGACCAGUUUCCCUGCUUUGCACCAUUUGCACUGACCGUAGACAACUCUUUGUGAGAUUAGGCCUUGAACACAUGCUUAGUGCUGCUGGUCGCAGUGUUCCGCAUAUUUGCUUUCUCGUAGCCUGCAUCGCUGAAUGUUAGCCACCCCAGUGGUGAAGAAAAGCGUGUGUGAACAGGCCCAAAUAUCAGACAAAAUGGAGCUCAGUCAGCACUUCUGUGCACACUGCAGUUACUGUGAAUGAUUUUAUGAACCAUUAAAAAUGGUUGGAGCGGGGGGUGCUGUCAUUCCAAAGCGAAUUCUUUGCACUCGUAGAUUUGAACACAUUAUUAUGUGCGUUCCAUCUGGUUUUCCUGUCUACUCUUCCUCAUCACCUACCUUCCUUUUUUUCACUUAAGUGUGAACCAUUAAAUAUUAUUCUCACUCAUCACUUUUCUAGUUCAUUCCUGCUUUCAGGUGAACUAUGUGUUGACAGUGAAAGGAACACAGGAGGUGUUUUUGGGUUAUUGUUUAUCCAGAAAUACCAUCAAAGACUGAUUUGUUUUCACUCUUUUUCCCCUCUCAAAAACUGCCAUUGUGACCAGCAGUGGCUAAACCCCACCUUGCUCUUGCACUAAAUUCAUGACGGCAAAAAACAAAAAAAUACAAAAAUAAUUACAUGCAGUGCUAAGGAGUUGUGCAAGAUGUGACAUACAGUAUUUCAAUUUGAGCUGUUCUGCUGUACUAUUGUGUACUACUGUACCAUACCAGGCAGUACUUGUACUGUGUGAAGUAUGUGCUAAGGUAUGUGCUAUUGUACCGUCCUGUUAUGUUCUGUUACAUUACUGUGCUAGCCUGUACUAUUCUGUUGUGCUAAGGUACUGUACUAAAGUCUUUACUAUUCUAUCUGAUUUACAUUUAGGAAUUGAUAUGUUUGAUAUCAGAACUGUUUUUCCUUUGGCUAUUCAAUUUUCCACUGAUAGAUAAUUGCUUCAGAUUUUUUAUUAGGAGCAAGUCCUCUUUAAUAACAAAGAACAAUCAUAUGUCUGCAAAGUGUUUUUGUAUAUUCAUCAUAGCCAUUCACUGAGCUUUAAAUCUGUACUGUCCUUGCACAAAAUACAAUAGUAUUGUGAUAGAUAGAAUGCAUGAUGAGAAAAGAUGAUUUUUGGAAGUGAAUUGUGGAAGAGAGAAUAAGGACAAUUAAACCCUGUUUAUACUA